GUGGACCUCAGUCUCUCCCAAUAUAAGUGGAGACUCAAGCAGCGAUACAGAGAUAUCAGAUCCUGCAUCAACUCCCACACUCGUAGUCACAGACGCUUCUAGUCCUAGCUAAUCGAGAGUCGAGAGUCGAGGCGUUUAAUCUUUCCAUUGGGAGAAGGAGAUGCCGGUCAGUCGGAUCGCAGUUGGAAGGCCCGAGGAGGCGACUCACCCCGACGCCCUGAAGGCCGCGUUGGCUGAGUUCUUCUCCACACUCAUCUUCGUCUUCGCCGGCGAGGGUUCCGGCAUGGCCUUCAACAAGCUCACCAGCAACGGCUCCGCCACUCCCGCCGGCCUCGUCGCCGCCGCGUUGUCUCACGCUUUCGCCCUUUUCGUCGCCGUCUCCGUCGGCGCCAACAUCUCCGGCGGCCACGUCAACCCUGCUGUCACCUUUGGCGCCUUCGUCGGCGGGAACAUUACUCUUUUCCGGGGCAUCCUCUACUGGAUCGCUCAGCUCCUUGGCUCCACCGUUGCAUGCCUUCUCCUCAAGUUCGCCACCGGUGGCCUGACUACCUCUGCUUUCUCAUUGUCAUCUGGGGUGACCGUGUGGAACGCGUUCGUGUUCGAGAUCGUGAUGACGUUCGGGCUUGUGUACACGGUGUACGCGACCGCAGUUGACCCGAAGAAGGGAAGCUUGGGCACGAUCGCCCCGAUCGCGAUCGGGUUCAUCGUGGGUGCCAACAUCCUGGCGGGUGGGGCAUUUGACGGAGCUUCAAUGAACCCGGCCGUAUCAUUCGGACCGGCCUUGGUGAGCUGGAGCUGGAAGAACCACUGGGUGUACUGGGUCGGGCCUCUGAUCGGAGGUGGGCUCGCUGGUAUUGUGUACGAGUUGUUUUUCAUCAACCACUCUCACGAGCAGUUGCCCGCCACCGACUACUAAAAGAAACGAGUAUGAUGAGAGCGGUUGUGUCGAGGGGUCUUCUUCCUUUUUAGUUUUUACUUUUGUGUGAAUUCAUGAUCAGAAUUUGUAAUCAAUCUUCCAUCAUCCACCGUCCGAUUUCCAAGGAAUGCUUUGGUGUGUAUCGGACUACCGGGUAGGGAGGGCUGUGCAACUAUGUAAUGUUGUUUUGGUUGUUUGAUUCCAUUGCAUGAUCAUCAGAAGUCUGAUACUCUCUUCAUCUUCUCA